AUGUCCAAUAAAGAAGUUCCCCUCCCCUCUUCAAUCCCUGGUUCUCCUGACCCACCCACCACUGACUUUCGGCAGGAAGAUGCCCAUCAAGGUUUCAGCAUCGCUAACAGCAAAGAAGGUACUCCGAGAGCACCAAAUAAUGAGUUGAGGAUUUACUGUCUUAAUCCUGCUGUCACUGCUGAGAACCUGAUCAGCUUCUUCUCCGGAACAACUCGUGUGCUAGGAGUUCUUAUUCAUCCUCAACCCACUACUGGAGCUACUUUGCAAUGGGCCCAACUUUGGGUCGAAUCUCAAGAAGAACUUCAAAGAUGUAUGACUUUGAGAGAGCACCUUGCUCCUAGUGGGAUUACCCUCUCCAAAGCUCCUUCAACUGGAGCACCUCCGAUUCAAGGUCUAUUGACUCCCGAACUCGAUACUCUCGCUCUUGAAGUACGAGCUCCACCGACUCCUCCCUCCCUGUCACGAAAUAUGCGGUCCGAUCUCGUUGGAUUGGGGUAUCGACAUAUCGAUCCUGCUGGUCCUCUUCCCAGAAAUUUAUAUGUCAUGGGUCUUCCUCUGGAUCUGACUCAGAUGCAAUUCAAAUCACUUUUCUCGCAAUAUGGUAUGGUUGAGCAUUCAACGCUUCUUUCACAGCUUGAUGGAAUGGGAAGAAGAAGAGGAUUCAUCCUCAUGUCCACACACCGUGAAGCAACGGAAGUGAUGAAGGCAAUGAAUGGCACCUGGAUUGAAGGAUUCAAAAUAGACGUAUCUUGGGCGAUCGUACAAAGAGAAGCAAGAAAUAUCGGGCAAAUCGUACACCCCCCCGCCUUACCGGCUCGCAGAGAACUGUCAGAAGAAUGCGCUGUACUCGUCGAGAAUUUAGACCCAGAGUAUUUCCCAAACGCUGGAGCUAUUCGCGACAUCUUCAAUGCCUUCGGUCCUGUUGCUCGGGUUUCGAUCGUUUCCGUGACUCCUCUCCAUGCCGUGAUCCACUUUGAUCAUGAGGUGUCCGCCACUGCUUUACUCAACGCGAAUGGUCUCUCUCUAGGCGGACGACCUGUUCAUACCCGUCGAUACAUUAGACCGGCUCUACAAAGUGUUGGUCCUCACAGGAGAGAAAUCUUGUCUUCUGGACAAUUCUCUUUCGAUCCUUUUUGUACCGAUUACGGCAACCGAUUUUCCAACUUCAACAUGCUUGGUUCUAGUGGUUCACUGACAUCUACCUCGCUCAAUGCCAAUUCUGAACCUUUUGUACCUAUCCCCUUCCAUAACGCCAGAUGGCUAUCUGCGUCUAAUGACAGGACAAGUGCGAACCCUCACUUUGAUAAUCCACGAUAUGCGAACGAUGGUCAUUCGUCCUCGGACGUCAGCCUUACCAACAGCAAUUCCGGCAGUACAAAGACGUCAUCAACCAACACCGGAGCCAGAGCUAAUAUGACCGAAAAUAAGGCGACGCUUGAUCAACACGACAAGAACUGGCCCCUACCAUCCGCGACUGUACCUGUUGGCCAGUCCCGCUGGACUAGCGCUCCUAGCUGA